AUGACAACCAACACGACGACUACCGGUACAUCGAAUAGCACGACAACUGCCAACACCACUAAGGGUACCAGCAAUAGCACUAAUGCAACAUCUGUCGCUAUAUCGACAUCCGAUGAAACGACCGGCACAGCACUCGACGAGCAGCCGACCGAAACGCCGACAUUGUCUGUCGAAGAACUCAUAUCACUCUUGGACGAUGAUUCGAUUCAAAAUGUCACUAGCAGUUUCAUUCCUCCGGAAAAGGAGCAACCAAAAGAGUGGGCUGGAGAAGUUAUUCUUUUUUUCUUGCUCGGUGCCCUGGGAUUAUUUGCCGCUACAGGCAUCAAACGUUGCCGCAAAAAGCGCACGUACUCAGAAAUCCCAACAACAACAACUACAACAAAAAACUUGGUAGUAUAG